UAUUCUGUAGUUUGUUUAUGAUUAUUUUAUUGUGACACAAAGUUUCAUUAAGUAUAAUAGAAAAAAAAUGUUAGAUGCACAAGGUUAUAUUAACUAGGUUAUGUUUUCAUUAAGAUGAAAAAAAAAUAAUUAUUGUUAUUAAUAUUGAAUUUAAAAUUAUAAAUAUAAAUAUACUAAUUUUAUACAUUGAUAAUUAAAAAAUGGAAGAAAAUGAUUUAAUAGAACAACAAGAUCAAGAAAAUUUAAAAAAAAUAACGUGGAAAGAUUUGGGUAUUGUAGAUGUAUUAUAUAAAGCAUGUGAAGAUCUGAAAUGGAAAUCACCUACAAAAAUUCAAUGUGAAGCCAUUCCUUUAGCACUUGAAGGUAAAGAUAUAAUAGGAUUAGCAGAAACUGGUUCUGGUAAAACUGCCGCUUUUGCUCUUCCUAUUUUACAAGCACUUUUAGAAAAUCCUCAAAGAUAUUUUGCUUUAAUUUUGACACCCACUAGAGAAUUAGCUUUUCAAAUAUCAGAACAGUUUGAAGCUUUAGGAUCAAGUAUUGGAGUAAAAUGUGCAGUAAUAGUAGGUGGAAUGGAUAUGAUGUCUCAAGCAUUAAUAUUAGCAAAAAAACCACAUAUUUUAAUUGCUACUCCAGGAAGAUUAGUUGAUCAUUUGGAAAACACCAAAGGUUUUAGUCUACGUUCUUUAAAAUUCUUAGUCAUGGAUGAAGCAGAUCGAAUUUUGAAUAUGGAUUUUGAAGUUGAAGUAGAUAAAAUUUUAAGAGUAAUUCCUCGAGAAAGAAGAACAUUAUUGUUUUCUGCUACAAUGACCAAAAAGGUGCAAAAAUUACAGCGUGCAUCUUUACGAAAUCCUGUUAAAGUAGAAGUUUCAACAAAAUAUCAAACUGUUGAAAAGUUACAACAAUAUUAUAUUUUUAUUCCUGUCAAAUUCAAGGAUGUAUAUCUUGUACAUAUCUUAAAUGAAUUAGCAGGUAAUAGUUUUAUGAUAUUUUGUGCAACUUGUAAUAACACAGUUAGAACUGCCCUUCUUUUGCGAAAUUUGGGUUUCACUGCUGUCCCUUUACAUGGUCAAAUGUCACAAAAUAAAAGAAUAGCCGCACUUACUAAAUUUAAAGCCAAAAAUCGAUCUAUACUUAUUUCUACAGAUGUUGCUAGCAGAGGUCUUGAUAUUCCGCAUGUGGAUAUUGUAGUAAAUUUUGAUAUACCUACACAUAGUAAAGAUUAUAUACAUAGAGUUGGACGUACUGCACGUGCUGGUCGUUCUGGUCGUUCCAUAACAUUCGUAACGCAAUACGAUGUAGAAUUAUAUCAAAGAAUAGAACAGUUAAUAUCAAAACAAUUACCAUUAUAUCCAACUCAAGAAGAAGAAGUAAUGGUACUUGAAGAAAGAGUAGCCGAAGCACGACGUAUUGUGAAAAUGGAAAUGAAAGAUAUCGAGGACAGUAAAAAAAUAGGUAAACGAAAGAAGCGACAAGAUGACGAUGAAGAUGAUACAGAACAAUCUUUAGGAGUUAGAAAAAGAAUAAAAGGAAAAAAGAAAAAACAAGGGAAAAGGUUUUAAACAGUUUAACUGUUUUAUCACACAUAAGUAUAUUUACUUUUUCUUAAUAAAUAAUAGAAAUGCAAGAUA